AUGGGCGGGGGGCCCCCAGGGGGGCCCCCAAGGGGGCCCCCCCAUGAUGAGGAGAAUGGGGCCCUUGAGGGUUUGCCUUUGAGUCCCCCUGAAUCUGUUGGUGGUGUGUUUGGGUUAGGAGGAGAAAGGAGACAGUUGUGGGGUGAAAAGGAGACAGCAGAAAAAGAAAAAGAAAAAGAAAAAGAAAAAGAAGAGACAGAAGAGGAGACAGAAGGAGAAGACAAUGGUACUUCUUUGUUUACAUCCUGGAUACCCUCUGACCUCUUACCAUGGCAGCAUAAAACAAAAAACAAAAAUAAAUAUAAAAACAACACACACACAGAUGAGGAGGGGGGCCCCCUAGGGGGAGAGAAAGAAGGAGAGGGGGGCCCCCCAGAGGGGGGGCCCCCAGGGGGGCCCCCUCAAGAAGAACAUAGGGAAAUGCCUAGGACCCCUAAAGCAGCAGAAGAGAUAAUAAAGGAAGCAGCAGCUCUCCCCUGGGGGGCGUUGAUGCGACAGCCUAAGCGCCAGCAGCAGCAGCAGCAGCAGCAGCAGCAGCAGCAGCAGCAACAGCAGCAGCAGCAGCAGCAGCAGUAUGGGGUGAAGGCUGCACAGCACAGCAGCAGCUCAAAGAAGGGGCCCCCACCCCCCCCAUCAACUGCAUGGGGCCCCCCAGCAGCAGCUGCAACUCGCGCAUCACUGCAGCAGCAGCAGCAGCAGCAGCAGCAGCAGCAGCAGCAGAGGGGGCCCCCUCCUCCCCCGAAGAAAAUCAUAAAGGGAGGGGGCGGGGGGCCCCCAGGGUCUCUAGAGGGUACAAAGGCUAGUACCCAUACGAGGGGGCCCCCCGCCAGCAAGGUGAAGGGGGGCCCCCAGGGGGGCCCCCAGGGGCCCCCCCCCCUGUUGCAGCAGCAGAAGCCAGCAGCAGCAACAGCUGGCCGCUGCAGCAUCAGCAGCAGCAGCAGCAGCAACCGCAGCAGCAACAAGAACCGCAGCAGCAGCAUCAACAACAACAGCAGCAGUAGCAGCAGAAGUGCUUCUCCUGUUGCUGCUGUUCCUGCUUUUGCUGCUCCUGCUGCUGCUGCUGUUCCUGCUGCUGCUGCUGCUGCUGCUGCUGCUCCUGCUGCUGCUGCUGCUGCUGCUGUCUCCUUAAAGCCCCUAAGAGAGUUUCCGGGUGUCUCCGUUAACUUUGAUGGUCUAUGGAGGAUAUGGCUGCAGCAGCAGCAGCUGCAGCUGCAGCAGCAGCAGCAGCAUGCAGCAUCAGCAGCAGCAGCAGCAGCAACCGCAGCAGCAACAAGAACCUGCAGCAUCAGCAGCAGCAGCAGCAGCAACCGCAGCAGCAACAAGAACCGCAGCAGCAGCAGCAGCAGGAGACCCUGUUUCUGCCUGAAAUGCUGUCUGCUGCAGGAGGAGAUCACCAAACAAAAGCAGCAGCAGCAGCAGCAGCUCAGCACAGCAGCAGCAUCAACAAAAAAGAAAAAACAACAAAGAUAG